UGUUUUUCUGCCUGCUGAUAGAUGAGAGUUAAAAAGCAGAAGCGGCAUAGAAGAGCCGUGAGGUUUUACACAGUUUGUUUUGGGUUCAGAGAGCCAUUUAAAGUCCUUUGUGAUGGAACUUUUGUGCAUCAUCUUAUUGUGAAUUCCAUAACACCUGCUGAUACUGCAUUGACAAAUAUUCUAGGCGCCACAGUUAAACUUUUUACUACCAGAUGUGUUCUUGCAGAGUUGAAGAGCCUUGGUGCUUCCUAUAGGGAAUCACUAAAUGCAGCUAAUAACCUUAUUAUGGCACGAUGUGACCAUGAGCAGCGGAAAAGUGCUGUAGAUUGCAUUACUGAAGUUAUCGGGGAAAACAAUUCUGAACACUUUUUUGUUGCUACUCAAGAUGCCGAUUUGCGGAGAAGUCUUCAAAAGAUACCUGGCGUGCCUUUAAUUUAUGCUCUUAGGAAUGCAUUAUUUCUCGAAAAACCAUCAUCAUUUCAACGUCAGUUUGCCCAAUCUGCUGAAGAAGAACGUCUUCAUAUGACUGAUAUGGAGUACAAUAUGCUUAGACUUAGGAAAAAGAGGAAAUCGUCUGAUGACAAAGAAGGGGAUUCUUCCGAUGAGGAAGAGGUAGAUGAUAUUUCACAGGUUCAGACUAUCAAUACAAGUGUUAGGAGCAAUGGAAGUGAUGGCAAGGAUAAAGUUCGCUUCAAGAGAAAGAAAGCUAAGGGUCCAAAUCCACUCUCAGUCAAGAAGAAAAAGAAAUCUGCAGAUACAAAUAGUGCUACCUCGGGAAAGGAAAGCAAGCAUGCUGAGGGAACUGUGAGAAGCAGGAAGAAAAGGAAGAGAUCGCGCAAAAGUGUUGUACAAGGAAAUGCAUAGUGUGCAAGGCAUCCGUUAGGAAAUCUUUUGGCCCCGACUGGCUUUUAUCAGGAGGAAUUUUGAUUAAUGGAUACUAGGAACAUAGUACAUCACCCACAAGAACUCUUUGAGAGGCAGCAAUUAUUAUUAUCAGGACAACACAAGGGUUUAUUGUUAAUGUGAUUUGUUUUGAGAAGUCUUCAUCUGUCUCUAAGUUAAUCAGCAUUGAAUGAGAUAUAUAUGAAAUUUUGCCCUUACAAUAGCAUUGUUGAAACAUGAGAAACUAGUUUCUGGAAUUCCAUUGGUAUUUACCUAGUAUAUUUCUAAAAUGAAAGUGCUUUGAUGUCAAUUCAUUA